AUGUCAGAAGUUGUUGAAAAAGUGGUGGUUCCAGAUAACGCCGUCACUGCUAAUGAAGAAUCAAAGACUGAAGCCGGUAAAUGUGUCUCCUGGGUUCAAUCUUCUUUGAAGACUUUGAUCUUCAUCGCUAUCAUUGUCGCUUCAAUCUCUUCAAGGUUGUUUGCUGUCAUUAGAUUCGAAUCUAUUAUUCAUGAAUUCGAUCCGUGGUUUAAUUAUCGUGCUACCCAAUACCUUGUUAACAAUUCUUUCAAGGAUUUCUUAAACUGGUUCGAUGAAAGAACUUGGUAUCCACUAGGUAGAGUCACCGGUGGUACUCUAUAUCCAGGUCUAAUGACUACUUCUGCUUUCAUCUGGCAUGCAUUGAGGAAGAUCGGUCUUCCUGUUGAUAUUAGAAACAUUUGUGUUCUUUUCGCUCCUGCUUUCUCUGCCGUUACUGCUUAUGCCACUUAUAAAUUAACUUGUGAAUUAAAAGAUCAAAAAGCUGGUCUUUUAGCUGCUGCUUUCAUUGGUAUCGUUCCAGGUUAUAUCUCUAGAUCAGUUGCUGGUUCUUACGAUAAUGAGGCCAUUGCUAUCACUUUGUUGAUGGCCACUUUCAUGUUCUGGAUUAAAGGUCUAAAACAAGGUUCCAUCUUGAACAGUAGUUUUGCUGCUCUAUGUUAUUUCUACAUGGUUUCCGCUUGGGGUGGUUACGUCUUCAUCACUAACUUGAUUCCAUUCCAUGUCUUCUGUUUGAUUCUAAUGGGUAGAUACACCGCUAAGAUCUACGUUGCUUAUAACACUUGGUUUGUUAUCGGUACUAUUGCCUCCAUGCAAAUUCCAUUCGUCGGUUUCCUACCAAUCAAAUCUAACGAUCAUAUGGCCGCUCUUGGGGUCUUCGGUCUAUUGCAAAUUGUCGCUCUAGGUGAUUUCAUUAAGGCUAAGAUCUCUGAAAAGAAAUUCAAGGUUAUCAUGUGGGUCUCUGUCAUCUUAAUCAUGGCUAUUGGUGUUGCUGGUCUAUUUGCUCUAACUUAUUUGGGUCUAAUUGCUCCAUGGACUGGUAGAUUCUAUUCUCUAUGGGAUACUAACUACGCUAGAAUCCACAUCCCAAUCAUUGCCUCUGUUUCCGAACAUCAACCUAUCACAUGGCCAGCUUUCUUCCUGGACACCCAUUUCUUGAUCUGGUUGUUCCCAGCUGCUGUCUUCUUGAUGUUCAUGGAUCUAAAGGAUGAGCAUGUCUUCAUCAUUGUUUACUCCGUCCUAUGUUCUUACUUCGCUGGUGUUAUGGUCAGAUUAAUGUUGACUUUGACUCCAGUUAUCUGUAUCUCUGGUGCUGUUGCUCUAUCUAAAUUGUUCGAUAUCUAUUUAGAUUUCUCCCCAAUUUUCUCUACUAAAUCCACUGGUACUAAGAAAUCCUCAUUCAUGACCGUCCUAACCCGUGGUCUAGUUUCUGCCUCUUUCGUUUACUACCUAUACUUAUUUGUCCACCAUUGUACUUGGGUUACCCAAUCUGCUUACUCCUCUCCAUCUGUUGUCCUACCUUCUCAAAACAGAGACGGUUCUAUGGCUAUUAUUGAUGAUUACAGAGAAGCUUACUACUGGUUACGUAUGAACACCGACUACGAUGCUAAGAUUGCAUCCUGGUGGGAUUACGGUUACCAAAUUGGUGGUAUGGCUGACCGUACCACUUUGGUUGACAACAACACCUGGAACAACACCCAUAUUGCUAUCGUCGGUAAAGCCAUGGCUUCUCCAGAAGAUGUCUCCUACGAGCUAUUGAAGGAACAUGACGUCGAUUACGUUUUGAUUAUCUUCGGUGGUGUUCUAGGUUUCGGUGGUGAUGAUAUUAACAAGUUCUUAUGGAUGAUCAGAAUUGCCGAAGGUAUCUGGCCAGAAGAAGUCAAAGAAAGAGAUUUCUUUGUCAACCAAGGUGAAUUCAGAGUGGAUUCUCAAGCAUCUGAAACAAUGAAGAAAUCUUUGAUGUACAAGAUGUCUUACAAUGGUUUCCCAGAAUUAUUCCCAGACGGUCAAGGUCAAGACAGAGUUCGUCAACAAACCAUCACUGCUGAUGAUGUUGAAAACUUGGACUACUUUGAUGAAGUAUUUUCUUCUGAGAACUGGUUAGUUAGAAUCUACAAGUUGAAGGAUGUUGAUGUUGAAGGUAGAGAUCUUUCAGAUGUUGCUGAAUUCGAAGCAGCUAAGAACUCCAAGAGAAGUUCGAACAAGAGACCACAAAUCGAAUUGAGAGUCUAA